AUGGCCCCAAGCAGGCAGUGGGCCCACGCUGCUGCCGCCGGCCCCCCAUCCCGGGCCUUAGCGCCACCUGGGGGGAGGCGCGCCGUUGACGAGCUGGUGCAGCUGGAGAACGGUCUCGAGCGCGGAGACGAGGACGACUUGCCCCCUCUGCGUUCGGACAACCCACUGCACAUCUCCCAGGACCUGGACCAAUUCCUCCCUCCCGUCUCCCGACUGCAGCUCGAACAGCAGUCAGCACACCUUCGCGAGGCACGCAACCAAGAGGACACUCGAAGGCCACGACGAGUCAACCCCGACAGCAGCUCCUUCUGGGUCGAGGACUCCGGCAGCGAAUUCGAUAACGACGACAACGACCUGCCCGCCGAGCCAGUCCAACCCGCCCAACAAGACCAGCCCGACCAACCCGACCGGCCCGUCCUCCAAAACGAGCACUUCCGGUUGCUCGGGGCCGCACAGGCCUACCGGGCCCAGCACCUCGCAGUGAUUCAACAAAUCCAAAACAUCACACUCGCAGCAGAUUCACUGGGCCAAGGAACUCAAGAGACUCAAGGCGCUGGAGAGGUCGAAGAGGUCGAAGAGACAGAAGAGGCUGAGGAGUCUGAGGAACCUGACGAAGAGGCCACGGAUUCUCGAGACCAUCCUAGAAAAGACGACGACGACGGAAGCGAAGGUCAAGGGGAAGGUGGCACUGGGAACGGCCAAGACACGAACGGGAACGCCGAGGGAGAGGGUGGUUCCGAGCAAAGCGACGGUCAGACAGACAACAGGAAGCAAGAUCCAGACCAGGGCACGAGCAGCCGAACACCAGGCGCAGGUGGGUCUGAACAAAGAGACCAGGAGCAGGAGGGUUCGGAUCGAGACCCGUCGGCCAAUCUCGACGGUGACAGAGGGACCAUGGCGCCACGAUCUGCAGACGAGAUUAUGGUUCACGACUCUAUCGAGGCAAAGGGCGACCAGGACGUCGAUAUGGAAGACGCCCCUGCCGACACCAACGGUGGAGAUGCCGCGACUGCCAGGCCUACCGUGAACGCAGGCGGAGACGCCAAUGGCGACGCGGAUGCCGAGGGCGAAAUCGACGCGGACGCAGAUGCCGAUGCCGAUGCUGAUGCCGACGCCGACGCCGACGCCGACGCAGAUGCUGAUGCCGACGCCGAUCCAGACGCGGACGGCGAGGCGGACAGUGCCGAACCUCCUGAUUCUUCGAAGGGCCGGCGCGGAAGGGGGAGGUGGCGAAACGUGGAUGAUCCUAACAAGGAGUUGCGCCAGCUCAUCGAUGACACGCAAAAGUACCUCAGCAGUUACACAGAAGAUGACGAGGAAAUUUGUGAGCCGUUCCAGCGCAUUCCGCGAAAGAACAUCUUCCCAGACUACCACGAAGUCAUCUCAAAUCCCAUUGCGUUCAGCACAGUGCGGGGUAAACUUCUCAAAAAGGAAUACACAGAGUUCUCGCAGUUCGGCUUCGACGUGGCUCAGAUAUUUCGCAACGCGCAGAUCUACAACCGUCCCAGUUCCGACAUCUUCAAGUACUCCGUUCGAUUGUUGGAAGUCUUCAAGGAGAAGCUUCAAGAGCUGAUCAACAACGGUUCCAUCUCUGUUGAGGAUGCCGUGCUGCCCGACUUUGGCGAGCUACCUCCCGUGGACCCCUCACCCGAGCCUGGAUCAGAGGACGAGCUCGAGGAAGAAGACGAGGAGGAAGAGGAGGAGGACGAAGAUGAGGACGACGAUGAUUCCGACGAUGAAGGUGGCCGACGCCGUGGCCGCCGUCGUGGCCGUGUUUCGAAGAAGGACGCCGACGACGAUGACGACUACCACAAGAAACGUGGUCGUCCGCCCAAGGUGUUUACUCCAACGGAAGCACGUAUCAAUGCAGUGCUUAAAGGACUGCGCAAGCCAAAGGACGACGACGGCAACCUCCGAAUCCUUGACUUCGAGAGGCUGCCUGACAAGCAGCUGAACAAGGAGUACUACCAGGUCGUGGCGAACCCUAUCGCCCUUGAUCAGGUCAAAAGGAACGCGAAGCGCAAGAAGUACCGGAACGUCGACGAGUGCCUUGCGGACCUCGAGAUCAUGUUUCAAAAUGCGAUGCAGUACAAUGCACCAGACAGUCAGAUUCACGAGGACGCCGUUGAGCUGCUCAAGGAGGCCCAAAGGUUGGUCGAGCAGGAGAAAGCCAAGCCAGAUGACGCCUUCCGUGACGAGGAGGGUAAACUGCCGCUGUCAGAAGUCCAGCAUAAUGGCGAGACGUGGAGAGUUGGCGACUGGGUUCAUAUCCGCAACAUGAACGACCUAGAAAAGCCUAUUGUGGCGCAGAUCUAUCGGCUCUGGCAGGACGAGGCGGGGAAGAAGUGGAUCAACGCGUGCUGGUACUACCGUCCGGAGCAGACGAUCCACCGCGUGACGAAGCGCUUCUACAGGAACGAGGUCAUGAAGACGGGCCAGUACCGCGACCACCGGAUCGACGACAUCGUGGACCGCUGCUUUGUCAUGUUCCACACUCGCUACCACAAAGGCCGGCCCCGAGGCCUGCCACUGGGCAAGGAGGUGUACGUCUGCGAGGCGCGGUACAACGAGGAGAAGUUCACCUUUAACCGCAUCAAGACAUGGACCAGCUGCCUGCCUGACGAGGUGCGGGAGAGGGACUACGAGAUGGACCUGUAUGACGUGCCUCGCAAGAUCAAGAAGGAGCCGACUCCAAUUGCGCACUUGCUCAACGAGAAUGCAAAGGAGACAGACUCGAUGCCAAAGCCGAAUUGGGGACACAAGGACGCGCCGCCCAUAAUUGGAGGAGUCCAUAUCCGACCCCGAGAGCCAAAUGAUUCUCCUUCGCCAGAGCCGACCCCAGAGCCGCCAUCGGUCCCACCGCCCUCGAUGGCUGCUGUUGACCCGAUUCGUCGACAAUCUGUCCCGAUGGGCCCUGGGUCGACCGCCUUUCAUCCCGGCGUACCGGGCCCGAUCCCUUCCCCUUCUCCUGCACAUGCACAUGCGCAUGCAAAUCACUACCAGCAGCCGCACUUCAUCCCACCACGCCCGGUCGCGACCACGCCUAGCGCCAUCCCGGUCCAGUCUACUCAUCACCAGUACCAGCAUCAGCAGCACCACCACGCGGCCGCUUCGCCCGUGCACCACCACGCCCCGGCUCACAGUCCCCAUUUUGCUCCACAGCACCAAGGUUACAGCCACCACCCGCAACAGCACCAGCCUCCGCCGCCGCAGCAUCAGCAGCAUCAGCCGCACUACGUCCCCAGCCCUGCAUCUGUGGGUCAUCACCACCACAUGCCCAGCUCCGGCAGCUUCUCAAGCCAGCCACCAACCCCCUACGCCGCUCCGGUCCAGCACCACCAGUCGCGCAUGCCCAUGGCUCCCACCCCGAGCAACACGGCGAUCCCGCAUGCCAAUGCCAAUGCAACAAUGCACGCAGCGCCGCGCUACGACUCGUGGGUUCUGUACGACGACGUCGACGCAGCGUUCCCACGCGAGGUUCGCGACCAGUACCAGACGGACGACAAGGGCCACGUGCUGUUCUUUACUGCGCCGCCCCAGAACCGGCCCGGCCAUGGUGUCGCGGAGGAGAACGCGACGCUGGGCCACAGCGUGCGGUAUCUGAGCGACAUCCAGCAGCACCGGGCGGAGCGAGAGCGCAAGCGCAAGGAGCGCGACGAGGCGCUGCGGCAGCAGGAGGCCGACCGGGCGGCGCGCGACAGGGAGCUCAAGGAGCAGGCGGAGCGGCAGAUGAGCGCCGCGGCGGGCAGGCACAUCGGCGACUGGAUCCUCGGGAUGCAGCGCGAGAACGAAGAGAUGGAGAAGGAGCUGGCCCCUGUGCGCGCCCAGAAGGCUGCGUGGCUGGCCGAGAGGGAUGCGCUCAAGGCGCAGCAGUGA